GUUGAAGGUGGGUGUGACGCACAACAUCUUUACAACAGGACAAAUAUCACCAGGAGGUUUUUUUUUUUUUAACCGUUUAUAAAUUGACCUGCAGCACACUCUUAAGAUGGCAACCUCUGAAGAUUUCCUGAUCAAGGAGCUCGACAAGAGGGCCUCUGGCCAGGCCUUCGAGGUCAUCCUGGGUGCUGGUGUCUCAGAUGUCAAGGGCGAAUUCCCCCUGUCGGCCCCCAAGAAGAAGGAUGUGUCGCUGGAGGAAAUUCAGAAAAAAAUGGAUGCUGCAGAGGAGAGACGCAAGAAGCAUGAAGCUGAUGUUCUGAAGCACUUGGCUGACGAGCGUGAACAUGAAAAGGAAGUGCUCCAGAAAGCGAUGGAGGAGAACAAUAACUUCAGUAAAAUGGCAGAGGAGAGGCUCAAUCAGAAGAUGGAGGCCAACAAAGAGAACCGCACAGCACUUAAGGCAGCAAUGAGUGAGAAGUUCAAGGAGAAGGACAAGAAGUUUGAAGAGGUGCGAAAGAACAAGGAAACCAAAGAUGGGUCCGAAGACUGAAGUUUGGAAUGGCAUUUUUACGUAUCCAAAGAUUUAUUUAAUUUUUUGUUGUGUUCACUACCCACCUUUUUGAAAUAAAUCCCAGUUCUACUCAAUUUCCCUGCUAUAAGUGUACUUUUACAUGUGGAUCAUUUCUCUUAUGUGUUGACCGUCUGUUCCAUUUGAUGUGCCGCUUGUCCGUGCAGCUUCGGCCCUUUUUUUGGAAAUUUGCAGUGUUUACUCUUGUUUAUUAAGGAAGCAUGUUUCUAUGCAUAGGUAUUUUAUCCCUGCCUAUUUCAUAGUGCGUCUUGAAAAACUGUUCCUGUGAACCACACCUGUUCUUUGCACUUACUGUAAUAAAAAAAAACACCAAGUAGCACAAGGUUUGACCAAGGCGUCGGCUGUUCUAGAUGCAGAUGUUUCAUGCAGCUCGUGCAUGCUUUGCUUUUGUAAAACAAUGGGGGUUGUCUUCAAAAGCCCGCACAUGUGUGCCGUAUCGGUGUAAAGCAACAUGCCAGACAUGGAAAUGGACAUCACCGCUGACCAGUGGUCUACACGUGGCAUGCUAACGAGCAAUACAUGUCUGCGUCUCAUUAGUGGCUAGUUGACUUGAACUGUUGUACUAAAACAAAUAAAAAUGUUAAACGCA